CGAUUGAUUCUCAAGAGCCAAAAAAAAAAAAAAAUUAAAAGAAAUAGCAGAAAAAAAAAGACUGGCCGGAUCAAUCGAUGGCGGGCCGAGCAUUGGCGACGGAGGUGGAAGCGCCAGCGACGGGGAGGGUGUACAGGAAGGGGGUUGCCCAGGAUAAGGGGAAGGGGGUGCCGGUUUACGUGAUGAUGCCUCUGGACAGCGUGGCGAUGAACAACACGGUGAACCGGAAGGAGAUGAACAAGAGCUUGCAGCAGCUGAAGAGCGCAGGGGUGGAGGGGGUGAUGAUGGACGUGUGGUGGGGGUUGGUGGAGAGGGACGCGCCGGGCACGUACAACUGGGGCGGCUACACGGAGCUCAUCGAGAUGGCCAAGAGCCACGGCCUCAAGGUCCAGGCCGUCAUGUCCUUUCACCAAUGUGGUGGAAACGUCGGCGACUCCAUCACUAUUCCUCUGCCCAAGUGGGCUGUGGAAGAGAUUGACAAAGAUCCGGACCUUGCGUACACGGAUCAAUGGGGGAGGAGGAAUUAUGAGUAUCUAUCACUUGGCUGUGAUACCCUCCCAGUCCUUAAAGGCCGGACACCUGUCCAGCAUUAUGCUGAUUUCAUGUCUGCCUUCAGAGACAACUUCAAGCACGCACUUGGUGACACCAUCGUGGAAAUCCAAGUCGGGAUGGGUCCAGCAGGGGAGCUCCGAUACCCUUCAUAUCCAGAGCAGAAUGGGACAUGGAAAUUUCCAGGAAUCGGUGCCUUCCAGUGUUAUGACAAGUAUUUGCUGGGUAGCUUAAAAGCUGCUGCUGAAGCUUCCGGUAAGCCAAGAUGGGGUAGCACAGGCCCCACAGAUGCUGGUCACUACAACAACUGGCCGGAAGACACCCGAUUUUUCAGAAGAGAAGGUGGGGGUUGGAGUAGCCCUUAUGGUGAAUUCUUCCUUAGCUGGUACUCCCAGAUGCUAAUAGACCAUGGCGAAAGAAUACUUACCUCAGCCAAGUCGAUCUUUGAGAACACAGGUGUUAAGAUUUCGGUCAAGAUUGCUGGCAUCCACUGGCACUAUGGGACUCGGUCCCAUGCCCCUGAGCUCACAGCAGGGUACUACAACACUCGUUUACGAGAUGGGUACCUUCCUAUUGCCCAGAUGUUGGCACGCCACAAUGCUAUAUUCAAUUUCACUUGCAUUGAGAUGCGCGAUCAUGAGCAGCCACAGGAUGCUCGUUGUGCACCAGAGAAGCUUGUCAGACAAGUGGCGUUGGCUACCCUGAAAGCACAAGUCCCACUUGCUGGGGAAAAUGCAUUGCCUCGAUAUGAUGAAUAUGCGUAUGAGCAGAUCUUACGAGCAUCGUCGUUGAAUAUAGAUGGUAAUAAGGACAACAGAGGGAUGUGUGCAUUCACGUACUUGCGUAUGAACCCGCAGUUAUUCCAGGCGGAUAACUGGGGACGUUUUGUUGCAUUUGUCAAGAAGAUGAAGGAAGGAAGGGGAGCUCACUAGUGUUGGGAGCAGGUGGAGCAGGAAGCCGAGGAUUUUUUGCAUGUUAGGCAGUCAUUGGUGCAGGAAGCUGCUGUUACCCUUAUGCACUAAGAAUUUAGGUUAGGCUUUGGGGACUUGGGGAACAAGCUCACAUCGUGGCAAAUAAUGGUCUCUCUGCCAUGUUCUUUUUUCUGUAGCUAUUUUUUAUAUGCCGUGUGAUGCAGAAUAAGGUAAGAAAAAAAUAUUCGGUCUUUAGGUUUAUGAAGGACUAGAGUUUCACUGCUCUUGGUAGACUCUCACCACAAAAAAUGAAGAGGAAUCACGCUUCCAUGAAAUAAAUAUUAUUUUUUCUUAAAUCA